GGUUUGUUGAAAAUUUUGCGUGUCAGCAGGUUGAAGAAUUUGAUGAUAGUCCGUUAGAACAUACUUCAAAAAAACCCAAUACAGGUGCUCAAAUGAAAUCGAAAGAUAAUGCAAUAGAUGAUAAUUUUGAUCCCAAUGAACAGCUAUCUCUUGAUGUUAUAGAGAUUAAGUUUGACAUGCUGUUUAAUACAUCCACUGAUAAUCAACCUGAAGAGACACCGAUAUUGACAACAAUCGAAUUUGAAGGAUCAAAUGUGAUCGAAGGAAUUAAGAAGAUGAUGACUUCUGGAUAUGCUAUGUCUCCAUUACCAAAGUUUUUAGUAGAAAUAUAUAGUAACAGUAAGAAUUAUAUAGAAGCUGUCCAACAAGAAAACUAA